AUGCCGCUGUCUCUAAUGAGUUCUGUCAAGAUAAGGACGACGCUGGAGACACUUAACCGCCUCAUCCGUGAAGCCACAGAGACUCUUUCCUCGGGAGAGCUAGCACAGGAGCUCGAUGGCGCGCUGCACGACGCCGACAGGCUCCCAGACCGUGACCUGGGAGCUUUGGCACGAAACACUGUAGACGCCAUGGAAGCCCUGCAGUUGCGACUGAUUCCAUCCAUGACAUUGCUAGCUGAUGGUUUCUUCGGCUACAUGAACAGCAAGGCUAUGGCAGCCGUGGUAGAGGCCAAAAUACCAGACAUACUUCAUAGUCAUGGAUCUCUGACGGCUGAAGAGCUGGGGCCCCUCGUCCGUGUGCAACCGACGCGCCUGACGCAACUACUCGAUGCACUGGUUAACAACGGCAUCUUCUCAUACGACGAGUCUUCUGAGAAGUUCUCCAACAACCGCUGCUCAACUCUUCUUCGCCGAGACCACUGGACAAAAUGGCAUCUCUGGGCUGACUUGUACCCCAAUUUCUUCUUCGAUGUCAGCCGCUCGAUCCCUGCGGCUAUCCGAACAGGAGAGACACGCUAUGCUGCCCAGAUCGAGUACGAAACCGACCUAUCUCUGUUUGAAUACCUGGCCUCGCAAGGCAAGAGCGAGUAUUUCCACCGCGUUCUCGGCGCCGGAGCUGUUGCCAUGUCCAAGGGACUGACGAUCGACUACCCAUGGGAAGAGCUGAAUGAUGAGGUAGUUGUUGACCUCGGCGCGGGCUCAGGCGACUUUCUGGCUUCGGUGUUACGGCAGAACCCGUCUCUGCGCGGCGUCGUGGUCGACUUGAAGCACAUCGCCGAUAUUGUUUCCCCGGAGAUUGCGGCCGGUGGGGGAGCCAACGGCCGCUUCGUCGACGUUGCCGAUCGCAUGUCUGCGAAGGCUGGCGACUUCUUUGGCGACAUUCCAGCAGCUUCGGUAUAUACCAUUAAGUGGUGUCUGCACAACUGGAUGGACAAUGAUGUGGUACGAAUCUUGAGAAAUACGCGGGCCAGGCUGAUCCCUUCGCCCGUCGCACGCUUCAUCAUCUUCGAGUCGACGAAGCGGCCCGGUCGAAGCGGCCCGGUCGGAGCGGGCGUCUUGCCCGGUACGCUGAUAUUCUCAUGA